AUGGCAGAAGCAGUCCGACGCAAGGUCAACGAGACCAACGGAGGGGCCAAUGGAAAUGCGCAUCACCAAUUAGACGGCGCAGUCCAUGCGAUCGAGCAGAAGCUGGAGGAGCAAGCGGAGCUCCAUGCGCGCAACCCCCAGGAGCAGAAGGAAGCAGGCCUGUUCCAGUUGGUCAUUUGCGUCGCCGGUAUAUACGGGAGUUUCAUGACUUGGGCAUGGAUCCAAGAGCGGUUAACGACCACCACCCACGGUCCCAACAACGAACGCUUCACAUACUCCAUCUUCCUCAAUACGGUUCAAUCUGCGUUUGCUGCCAUGACCGGCCUCCUAUAUCUCAACCUCUCCGCGAAGAAAGACUCCAGAACCGGCCUUCGCAAAGUGCUCCCUAUAUUCCCUUCCAAAGACAUCCUGGUGCCGCUCCUUGGAAUCGCCGUCACCUCGUCGCUCGCCUCUCCCUUCGGAUACGCAAGUCUGAAGCACAUCGACUAUGUCACCUUCAUCUUGGCUAAAAGCUGCAAGCUGCUACCUGUCAUGUUCCUCCACAUCUCGCUCUUCCAGAAGCGGUACCCAAUGUACAAGUACGCUGUCGUUGGUUUUGUAACACUGGGUGUAGCCGUCUUUACCUUGCACAGCCCGUCAACUGCGAAGAAGGCCGCCAAGAAAGGUGUCAGUGCGGACGCGUCGCAAACCAUCGGUCUUGUUCUACUCGGUGUCAAUCUACUUUUCGACGGUCUGACCAACACAGUUCAAGAUCACAUCUUCAGCAGUUUCAAAGGCUUCACUGGGCCCCAAAUGAUGUGUGCGCAGAACAUCAUGUCUACAGCAUUGACAGUUUCAUACCUACUCAUCACCCCGCUCCUCGCUUCCACUCCCCUCGCUCCCUGGAUCGGACUCGACCCCCGUUCUACCUCCGGUGAACUCUCCGACGCGCUGUCUUUCAUAACCACCUACCCCGCUGUAGGCUGGGACGUCCUCAUGUUCUCAGCCUGUGGCGCUAUAGGCCAGGUUUUCAUCUUUCAUACCUUGGCUCACUUCAGCUCGUUGCUGCUUGUUACUGUCACAGUUACGAGAAAGAUGUUGACAAUGGUUUGGAGUGUGUGGUGGUUUGGCCACGAGAUUACAGGCAUGCAAUGGCUUGGUGUUGGGCUGGUCUUUGGUGGAAUUGGCGCUGAGGCUGCGGUGGGGAGAAUGGAGAAAGCGAAGAAGGCUGCGGCCAAGAAGAAGGGGGAAGAGGAAGAGAGAAGGAAGAGGUAG